CGCACUACAAACAGAAGGUUCUUAUAAAGAGAUGAGAGUGCAGAGUACGACGAGUUCGUAGUGAACUCGUAGUGAAGGUACCAUGGCCGCAAACAUGAAGAUCAUCUUGCUCCUGGCUAUUUGUGGCCUGCUUGUGUUGAAUUGCGAUGCAGUGAAGCCUGGAAGAUGUCAACGGGUGCGGCCUGGCCAAGUUGGCAUCUGCGUCUCUCGAUGUCGAGUCGAUGAAGACUGCGCAGGGAGAAUGAAAUGCUGUGGGAAUGGAUGUGGAACUGUUUGCCGAAAUCCAGUAUAAUCCAUUACAGGAAUCACCACCGCUCCUGCUUACGUUCCCUUAUAAGAGGCGAAUGCCAGUGCUAGUGACAGAAGUGCAGGCAGAAAUGGCAGGACGCGCAAGGAUCCUUCUUCUUUUGGCGGCGGUGGCGCUGGUGGCGGUGCAUGUGCGGGCGGAGAAGGAAGGCAACUGCCCUCCUGAUACCGGCUCACUCAGUGGAUGCGAUUUGAUCUGCGACACGGAUGAGGAUUGUUCUGGCGAGCAGAAAUGCUGUGCCAUUGACGGCAUGAAAAACUGCGUCGAUCCAGAAUAA